AGGCUGGAGCACGGUGGCACCAUCUCGGCCCACCGCAGCCUCCGCCUCCUGGGUUAAAGUAAUUCUCCUGCCUCAGCCUCCCAAGUAUCUGGGAUUACAGGUGCGUACCACCACACUUGGCUAAUUUUUGUAUUAUUAGUAAAGGUGGGGGUUUCACCAUGUUGGCCAGGCUGGCCUUGAACUCCUGGCCUCAAGUGAUCCGUCCGCCUUGGGCUUCCAAAGUGUUGGGAUUACAGGAGUGAGCCACCACACCUAGCCUGACUUACUUGUUCACACAGCCUAUAUAGGUAGAAGAUUUCUAGUCAUGUAAUCACAGAUUAAUUGGUGGAUUGUGCCUAAUUAAGCAUAAAUUUCAUUUCCCUAUAAAUUAGUAAUUUUCAAGCAUUUUAUUUAGAUUUGAUUUUAGUGUCCUUAGGUGGGACCUUAGGACACUACACACAGUUUGGUCUCAUUGCUUCUUAUUUAAAUUUUUUCACACUUUCCAGGGUGAGUGGUUUCCCACUAUAAUUUCCAAAUAUAUGGGAUGCAGGGCCUCAAAUCCUCUACCCUCAUACCACAGCGUAACUCUUCAAGGGCUUGCAGUAAAAUCUGUGUCUGAACAUUUCACAUGAGAGGAAAGCAGAGAAUAACCGCUAGACAUUUUCCCGAAAAAACCUUUCUGCCUCUCCUCCUUUCAUCUUUUCUAGACACAGUCACCUUAUCAGGAUGUCUUUGGGAUGAGGUUCCUUUGUGGAAACUUUACAGGGUGCUGUGUCUUCAAUACACCCUCGUAUCCUUUGUUUGUUUGUUUGUUUGUUUGUUUGUUUUUGAGACGGAGUCUCACUCUGUCGCCCAGGCUGGAGUGCAGUGGCGCGACCUCAGCUCACUGCAAACUCCGCUUCCCGGGUUCAUGCCAUUCUCCUGCCUCAGCCUCCCAAGUAGCUGGGACUACAGGUGCCCACCACCAUGCCCGGCUAAUUUUUUUGGUAUUUUUUGUAGAGACGGGGUUUCACCAUGUUAGCCAGGAUGUUCUCGAUCUCCUGACCUUGUGAUCCGCCCGCCUCGGCCCCCCAAAGUGCUGGGAUUACAGGUGUAAUCCGGCCACUGUGCCCGGCCCUACACCCUCCUGUCUUUUCCAGGUUUUGGGUUUUAGAACUGCCUGGGGAUGACUCAAAAUCCCCAUGACUGCCCUGUCUCCUGGAGAGUCUAGUGGCUAUCAGUGCCUAGGGGAGUGGGGCCUCCUGAGGGAGCAGCUGAAUGACUAAUGGUGGAGGAGAUGCCUAGUAUGCUCUUCAUCUAAAUAACCAAUUCUUGGGGUGCUCAGCUUCUCUCUCCCAACUCCACUUUCCAUUCAUUGGAGACACAUGGCCGUCAGCCAAUUGGAUGUUGCUAUUGAGGAAAAGGAGAAAUGAUUCCUAUCUUCUGGAUUGUCUCAUCUGUGAAGAGAGAACUAUCCCAAAAGACAAGGAAAGGCCACUUCAACGGGGUGGAGCAAUAGCCUGCAAAGCAAAAUAUACAUGGGGGUACACAGGGGACACAAUGCAGUGUUGGUGGGAAAUAGUCAUUGAGCGCUUCUCCUUUCCUCUCAUGUGAAAUGUUCAGAGAAUCACCAGCAGACACUCUCCUGUCAAAAUAUGCAUGCUUCUCCUCCUUUCAUCUGUUCUGGAAACAGAUUUUAUCAGAUUGUCUUUUGGUUGAGGCUCCCCUUUGGAAACUUCAAAGGGUAUUGUGUCUUCAGCGCACUUUCCUAUGUUUUCUUGGUCCUGGGUGGCAGAAUUGGGGUGACCUGAUAUGCCCACAGCUGCCAUGUCUCUUGGAGGGUCUAGUGAGUAUCAGCCCCUGAGUCACUCCUCCCAGGGGACAGACUGAGGUAGGAGAAUGAGGACUCCCAAGAGAGCAGCUGAAUGCCUUAUGGUGGAAGGAGACUCCCAGUAUACUCUGCAUCUAGAUAGCCAACCCUUUGAGAUGCUCAGCUUUUCUUUCCAAACCCCAGUUUCCUGAACUUGGAGACACAUAGCUGGUCAGCCAGUUGGAUGGUGCUAUUGAGAGAAAAGAGGAAUGAUUCCCGUCCUCUGGAUUGUGUCAACUGUGAAGGGAGACAAAACCCCAAAAACAAGGAAAGCCCACCCCAGCAGGGUGGAACAGCAGCCUGCCAGUCAGAAUAUGAAAGGGGAUGCACAGGGGGGUAUAGUGCAGUGUUGGUGGAAAGUAGUUAUUGAGCUCUUCAGUGAGGAGGAUGGGGGUGGAGAGAUGUCUCAUGUGAUAGGGUGACCUGUGCUGACACAUGUGUGAGACAUCACUGUGUUCCAGCCAGCACUGCUCCCUGUGGGCUUGUCCCUUGUAAAGAAUUGUUCAUAGAUUGCAGCUUGAGUGUUUCAAAUUAACUUUACAUUGCAUUUUUCACUAGAGCCAAAUCCAAGAAUGAUUGCAUAGGUCAGUGAGACACAGAAGAGGCAACUCAACAAAGCCCAUGACAUACAGUGCAUGGCUCACAAUCCCAGGAGAUGAGGGCAGCACAGCUGCAGGGCAACACAGAGUGAGGGGAACAUCCAGGAUGCACAUUCAACCAGCAGGUGGGGAGCAAGACAGACAGGGACCCGUGGGCCAAAGCAUUUCUUGGGGUCCAGGGAAUUGACCAAGGAGGUGUCUCUCAGGGAGUUGUUUCUGGUGGAUUUAGAGCAAGCAGGCACUAGUUCUGUGAAGUCGCACUGUGGUUAAGAGGUGAUUUGUGCCAUCCAUUUGGGGUGUAAGGGUCAGUGGGACAAGUCAAAUUGGUUAUAUGUAGCUGUCCCACAGGGAGGUGGUUACCAGAAUGCAGUUGUGUAAGAAAUAUAUGUGAGUUGACCACAUGAAGGAACUGGGAGAAAGUGGAGAACUGGAAACUCUGUUGAGUUUGAAUAAAGUUUUCUUCCGUUAUGAGAAAGUUAAAUCCAUAAAGAAAAUGCAUGCUAAGGUAACAUAUAAGAACUCAGUAUAACAGGCAACUCUAGAGUUAAUUAAAUUAUUGUAUGUGGAGAUGAUAGGUAGUAGAUUGAUUAUUCUCCUGUGGAUAACCAUUUGUCCCUGCUUUUUCUGUUAAGUGUUCACCACUUGUAUCAUUUGCUGGCAAUACCUGGUUUGUCAUAGUUUCACAUUACCUUAAAAAGAUGCCCAGACUGGGCACAGUGGCUCACGCCUGUAAUCCUAGCACUUUGGGAGGCUGAGGUGGGCGGAACACCCGAGGUCAGGAGUUCAAGAUCAGCCUGACCAAUAUGGUGAAACCCUGUCUCUACUAAAAGUACAAAAUUAGCCAAGCGUGGUGGUACAUGGCUGUAAUCCCAGCUACUCGGGAGGCUGAAACAGGAGAAUCACGAGAACCUGGGAGGUGGAGGUUGCAGUGAGCCAAGAUCACACCAUUGCUCCCCAGCCUGGGCAACAAGAGUGAAACUCCGUUAAAAAAAAAAAAAAAAAAAGAUGCCCUGGUUUCACAAUUUGCUGUUUUCCAUUGGUCUAUCUUUCCAUCUCUCUGAUAAUACCAUUUUCUCUUAAUUAGUACCAUAGACUGGGUGACCUGAAGAAUAAACAUUUCUUUCUGGCAGUUCUUGAGGUUGUGAAGUCCGUGUUCAGGGAGCUGGCAGAUCUAGUGUCUGGCAAGGGCCUGCUUCCUGGUUUGCAGAUGGUCAUCUUCUUGUGUUUCUUCAUGUGACAGAAAAGAGAGGAAGCCGGCUCUCCUGUGUCUUGUUAUAAGACCACUAAUCUCAUUCAGAAAGGAUCGACUCUUAUGCUGUCAUCUAAUCCUAAUGAUCAGAGAUGUCAACUUCUAAUACUAUAUUGGGGGGUAGGUUAUUAAUGUGUGAUUUUUUUGGAGUGAUGCAAAUAUUCACACCAUAACACUCCCAACCAUAUUCUAUAGAGCAUCUUGGCUAUUCUUAGUCAUUGUCUUGUAUUUCAGUUUUUAGAAGUAGUUUUUUCUUAGUUUUAGUGAAAAAAACAAACUGCCUUGUAAAUUUCAUGGACUAAAAUAUAACUGUAGUCAUAUUUCAGAGAGGCUAUAUCAUAGUGCUAUUUAAUCUCCUUUUAAAGACACAUGACAUUUUUCCAUUUAUUUCAUUUUAUAUUGAUGUUUUUCAGUGUAGACUUUUUGCAUAAUAAUCAUUUUAUAUCCUUCCUGAGACUUUUUUGGACUUCAAGAAAAUUAGUUUUAAUAGAAAUUAGUGGCUGGGCAUGGUGGCUCAUGCCUGUAAUCCCAAUAUUUGGGAGGCCGAGGUGGGCAGAUCACCUGAGGUCAGGAGUUCGAGACCAGCCUGACAAACAUGGAGAAGCCCUGUCUCUACUAAAAAUACAAAAUUAGCCAGGCCUGGUGGCACAUGCCUGUAAUCCUAGCUAUUCGGGAGGCUGAGGCGGGAGAAUCACUUGAACCCAGGAGGCCAAGGUUGCGGUGAGUCAAGAUCGUGCCAUUGCACUCCAGCCUGGGCAACAAGAGUGAAACUCCAUCUCGAAAAAAUAAAAAUAAAGAGAUUAUUCCAGCAUUGGCAACAUGGCAAACUUUGCCUGUACAAAAAAUUACCUCGUCAUUGUGAUGUGUGCCUGUAGUCCCAGGUACUCAGGAGGCUGAGGUAGAAGGAUCUGUUAAGCCUAAGAGUUCGAGGCUGCAGUGAGCUAUGAUUGCAACACUACACUCCAGCCUGGGCAACAGAAUGAGACAUAUUUCAAAAAAAAAAAAGAAAAGAAAAAAGAAAAUUAGUUUCAAUAGGGUAUGCUGUCUUUUAAAAAUUACAUUCAGCAGAUUGUUGCUGAUAAUUAAAAUUUGCUGAGAUUUAUUUCUGUAUAGAGUGUGCAUUCUAGAAACUUACUAAAAAUAUUACAUAUGCAAAAAAUAUGUAAAAGAAUUGCACAAUGAAUCCAAAUAAUGAUGGAGCCAGUAUUGGGAAUAAGAUAACUGCCUUACUUUUCCUUAUACUUUCUCAACCUGGGUGUGCAUCCUCAUCAGUAUGUUUUAUUUUUGCAUGUUUUUUAUGCAAAUGAUAACAAAUAUGUGAUAUUUUAUAUCGGAUUUUAUUUUAACUCAGUUAUGAACCUUAUAUAGAAUGAUAGUUAAUUCACUUUCUUAUUUAAUGGAUUUUAUUAUUUAGAACAGUGGUUGUUUCCCCAAAACAUUGAGCAGAUAAUCCACAGAGUUCCAGCAUUUUUCUUCCAGACUCAUAGUUCCCCCCACCACCCUUUUUUUUUUUUUUUUGAGACAGAAUCUUGCUCUGUUGCCCAGGCUGGAGUGCAGUGGCAUGAUCUCAGCUCACUGCAACCUCCACCUCCUGGGUUCUAGCAGUUCUUCUGCCUCAGCCUCCCGAGUAGCUGGGAAUACAGGCGCACACCACCACACCCAACUAAUUUCUGUAUUUUUUAGUAGAGAGAAGGUUUCACCAUAUUGACCAGGCUGGUCUCAAACUCGUGACCUUGUGAUUCUCCCACCCCAGCCUCCCAAAGUGCUGGGAUUACAGGUGUGAGCCACUGCAGCCAGCAUAGUUCCCCCUAUUUUAAACAUCUUGACUGGCCAGGUGCUGAGCCUCAUACCUGUAAUCCUACCACUUAGGGAGGCCAAAGCAGGAGGAUAGCUUGGACUCAGGAGUUGGAGGCCAGCCUAGGCAACAUAGCAAGACCCUGUUUCCAAAAAUAAAAAAAAUUUAAAGAAAUUAAAAAUUUUUAAAAAAGCUGUUUGAAACCAAAGAAACCAUACUGACUUUGUGUAAUGUAUCCUGCAACUGAUGCAAGAAUAUAUUCCAUGUGAACAUGACGGGAAUUGAAGAAGCCAAUGUUAUUAUUACCUAAAGUCCAUCUUUUACAUUAAACUUCACUCUUUGUGUUCUGUGGUUUAAGACAACUACAUGUGUCAUGUAUCCACCAUCACAGUCUUAUACAGACGUGUUUUACUGCCUUCAAAAUCCCCUGUGCUCCUUCUAAUCAUACCUCUCCCUUCCCUCUUUUGCCACCCCUGUUUAUCCUUGGCAACAAAUGAUGAUGUUCCUGCCUCUAGUGUUUUGCGUUUUCCAGAAUAUCACAUAUUUGGAAUGAUGCUGUAAAUGGCCAUUUCAGACUUGCUUCUUUCAUGUAAAAAUAUGCUUUGAAGGUCUCUCGAUACCUUUGUUGCUUGACAACUCAUUUAUUUUUUAUUUUUUGUUUUGUGAGAGACAGGGUCUCAAACUCCCCAGCUCAGGUGAUCCUCCCGCCUCAGCUUCCCAAAGUGCCUGAAUUCCACUUGUGUGCCACCAUGUCCGGCCACUCAUUUUCUUUUUUUUUUUUUUUUUUUUGAGAUGGAGUUUCGCUCUUGUUGCCCAGGCUGGAGUUCAAUGGCGCAAUCUUGGCUCACUGCAACGUCCGCCUCCCAGGUUCAAGCAAUUCUCCUGCCUCAGCCUCCCGAGUAGCUGGGAUUACAGGCAUGCACCACCACGCCCGGCUAAUUUUGUAUUUUUAGUAGAGACAGGGUUUCUCCAUGUUGAGACUGGUCUCAAACUCCUGACCUCAGGUGAUCCACCCACCUCGGCCUCCCAAAGUGCUGGGAUUACAGGCGUGAGCCACCGCACCUGGCCAGGGACACUCAUUUUCUUUCAUCACUGAGUAACAUUCUAUUGUACGGAUGUUACCAUAGUUUGUUUCUUUAUUCACCUAUUGAAAGGCUCAUCUUGAGCCUGGUGUGAUGCCUCAUCCCUGAGUUCCCAGCACAUGGGAGACUGAGAUGAGAUUGCUUAAGGCCAGAAGUUAGAGAACAGCCUGGUAGGUACAGUGUGAGACCUCAUCUAUUUUUUUUUUUUUUUAAGACUCACCUUGUUUGAUUGUAGUUUUUGGCAGUUAUGAGUAAGGCUGCUAAAAACGUUUGUGGGAGGACUUUUCUGUGGACGUCAGUUUUCAGUUCAUUUGAGUCAAUAUGUAGGAAUGAGACUACUGAAUUAGUAAGACCAUGCUAUUUUCUUCAGACCUCCACAGACUGUCUUCCAAAUUGGCUGUAGAAUUUUCCAUUCACAUCCGUGGUGAAGGAGAGUUCACUGGCUCCAGCAUUUGGAAGUGUCAGUGUUUGGAUUUUAGCUACUCCUCCAGGUGUUUGCUGCUGCUCCAUUGUUGUUUUCCUUUUUUUUUCUUGGAGAAGGAGUUUCAUAUUCUUGUUGCCCAGACCAGAGUACAAUGGCGCGAUCUCAGCUCACUGCAGCCUCUGCCUCCCGGGUUUAAGCGAUUCUCCUGACUCAGACUCCUGAGUAGCUGGGAUUACAGGUGUACACCGCCACACAUGGCCACUGUUUGUAUUAUUAGUAGAGACAGAGUUUCACCAUGUUGGCCAGGCUGGUCUCAAACUUUUGACCUCAGGUAAUCAACCUGCCUCAGCUUCCCAAGGGCUGGAUUACAUGCAUGAGCCACUGCACCCAGCCUGUUUUCAUUUGGUCUUUAAUAACGUGUAAUGUAGAGCAUCCUGUCAUAUGUUUGUUUGCCAUAAUUACAUUCUUUAGGGGGAGGUAUACUUGGAAAGAUUGGGCUUUUUUUUUUUUUGAGACUGAGUCUGGCUCUGUCACCCAGGCUAGAGGGCAGUGGCAUGAUCUUGGCUCACGGCAACCUCUGUCUCCCGGGUUCCAUCGAUUCUCCUGCCUCAGCCUCCUGAGUAGCUGGGAUUACAGGCUCACGCCACCAGGCCCAGCUAAUUUUUGUAUUUUUACUAGAGACAGGGUUUCACCAUGUUAGUCAGGCUGGUCUUAAGCUCCUGACCUCGGUGAUCCAGCCGUCUCUGCCUCCCAAAGUGCUGGGAUUAAGGCAUGAGCCACUGCGCCCGACCUUUUGCUUAUUUUUUGAUUUGUUGGUUUUUUGUCUUACAGAAUUUUAGGAGUUCUUCAUACCUUUUGGGUACCAGUCCUUGAUCAGAUAGACGUUCUGCAAAUAUUUUGUCCCAGUCUGCCGCCUGUCUUUUUAUUCUUUUAACAGAGUCUUUUCCAAAACAUUUUUGUUUUGAGUGAAGUCCAAUUUAUCAAUUUUCUCAUUCACAGAUCAUGCUUUUUGUGUUGUGUGUGAAACCUUAUUGCCAAAUCUAAGGUCGUCUUGGUUUUGACAAGUGUGAAAGAAGUUGUGAGUUUUGCAUUUUCCAUUUAAGUAAAUGUUUCAUUAGGAAGUAGUUUUGUAAAAGGUGCAGUUCUGUGUCUAAUUCAUUUCUUUGCAUUUGCUAAUUCAGGUGUUUCAAUACCAUUUGUUUUGUGCCACCAUGCCUAAUUUUUUACUUUAUUAUGGAGACGGGGUCUCCUUGUGUUGCCCAGGCUGGUCUCGAACUGUGGGGCUCAAACAAUCUGUCUGCCUUGGCCUCCAGGUUUGCAUUUUUAAUACAUGUCUUUAUAGUAGAUUUUUCUAUGUUCCUAGUGCCUCUCUUGUCAUCUUAUGGAAUCUUCUCUUGUAUAUUUAGUUUAUUGAGCGUUUCUAAUCAUCAGGAGAUAAUAACCCAUUUAUGCUGGAGGUUGCACUUUUUUGAAUUGCCGACGUGUGAAAAAUCAGACUUUGGCCAUGACCUUGAGCAGUAGGAUAUAAACAACUCCCACAUGCUUAGCGUUCCAAAAAUGGAACACUAGGCAUAAAUUGGUUAAGGCUUUUCAGAUGCCUUUUCUGCCUCUGUUAGGACAUUCUUGUGUUGUUUUGUUUGUUUGUUUAAAGAUAGAGUCUCACUCUGUUGCCCCAGCUGGAGUGCAGUGGCGCAAUCUCGGCUCACUGCAACCUCCGCCUCCCCGAUUCAAAUGAUUCUCCCACGUCAGCCUGUCAAGUAACUGUGACUAUAGGCACGUGCCACCAUGCCUGGCUAAUGUUUGUAUUUUUUAGAGAUGGAGUUCCACCACGUUGGCCAGGCUGGUCUCAAACUGCCGACCUCAAGUGAUCCACCUGCCUCAACCUCCCAAAGUGCUGGGAUUAUAGGCAUGAGCCACCAUGCCUGGCUGCUACCAUGAUUUAUUAUCAUUACUUAUCUUAAAACAAAAUGUGAAACAUCAGCUUAAGAAAUUUUACAUGUACAGUUGAGAUAGUUUGACAAAUCUACAUAAGUUCUCUAAGAUGAAUUCUAUUGUGUUUUGCUGUUUUCAAUUAUCCUAGGGUUUCAUGCAUGUUGUAGUUUAGGCCAAGAUGUUAUUUUCUUUUUCUUUUUUCUUUUUUUUGUUUUUGAAUCGGAGUUUCACUCUUGUUGCCUAGGCUGGGGUGCAAUGGUGCAAUCUUGGCUCACCACAACCUCCACCUCCCAGGUUCAAGCAAUUCUCCUGCCUCAGCCUUCCGAGUAGCUGGGUUUACAGGUGCGCGCCACCAUACCCGGUUAAUUUUGUAUUUUUGGUAGAGAUGGGUUUUCUCCAUGCUAGUCAGGCUGAUCUUGAACUCCAACCCUCAGGUGAUCCGCCCACCUCGGCCUUCCAAAGUGCUGGGAUUACAGGUGUGAGCCACCGUGCCCGGCUAAGAUGUCAUUUUCUAAGAGUAAAUAAUAUCCCAUUUUAUGUAUAUGCUUACCACAUUUUGUUUUUCCAUUCAGCCAUCAGUGGAUAUGUGGGUGGCUGCAUGGCUCAUUACUGCCACCUCAGGAAGGUCAUAUAGUGGUUAAAUCUGUGCUUAUGAUGACACCUGGGUAUCUCUUAGGAGUUUCUUGUUUGCCCUCUUGUGUACAUACGGUGCCAGGUUUUGCUUAGGAAUGUCCCCUUUGCCCUGUCAGCAUCUAUCUAGCUAGAUUUUGACAGGAUAACUGCAAAGUGAAUGAUUCCUGGGCAUCAUAAUGGAAGUUUCUUUCUACCUAGGUGAUUGCCCUCCUCUCUGCUUAUAUCUAGCGUGCCUGUUUUGGGUGGUCCCUGGGGGUGUGGGAUUUCCCAGGGGCUCCCCCUGCUGCUCUUUGCUAGCUAUCUGCUUCCUCUGACAAUAUCAUCAAAGAUUACACUUUGGGAACAGGCAUUUUCAAGGAUACACAGCCUCAGGACUGCUAAUGUUCACUUUGUUCUGCAUAUGAAUUCAUAGGACUCUAUCAUGACAGGUGCUACAGACCCACAGUCCAAAGAGACAUUAGGGACAGCCCAAGCAACUCACUUUUCUCCCCGGGUUCAGCGAAUACACACAUUUUCCUAUCCUGCUGUUGCUUUACCCCUUGUUCAGUUCUAGCAUCACAAUUGCAUUAUGAACUAGCCAGGUGUGGUGGCACAUGCCUGUGGCCUCAACUACUCAGGAGGCUGAGGCAUGAGAAUUGCAUGAACCCAGGAGUAAGAGGUUGUAGUGAGCCAAGAUGGUGCCACUACACUCCAGCCUGGGUAACAGAAUGAGAUGCUGUCUUGAAAAAAAUAAACAACUGCUAGCCGGGCAUGGUGACUCAUACCUACAAUCCCAGAACUUUGGGAGCCUGAGGCAGGCGGAUCACCUGAGGUCGGCAGCCUGACCAACAUGGAGAAACCCUGUCUCUACUAAAAAUACAACAUUAGCCAGCCAGAUAUGGUGGCACAUGCCUGUAAUCUUAGCUACUCAGGAGGCUGAGGAAGAAGAAGUGCUAGAACCCCAGCAGUGAGCUGAGAUCACACCAUUGCACUGCGGCCUGGGCAACAAGAGUGAAAAAAAAAAUUGCUUUAUGGAAGAAAGUAAGUAUACACAGGGAGAAAGGGAUCUGAUGACCAAAGCAGGGAAUAAAUGUUUGGAGUCCACGGCAUCCUGAGAACUUCUUGGGAAUAGAGUCUAGGCCCCCAGUGCUGUCACUCUCACCCAUCCUCCUCUACACAUGUGAGAUGUUUCAGGACCCAGUGGCUUUUAAGGAUGUGGCUGUGAACUUCACCCAGGAGGAGUGGGCUUUGCUGGAUAUUUCCCAGAGGAAACUCUACAGGGAAGUGAUGCUGGAAACUUUCAGGAACCUGACCUCUAUAGGAAAAAGUUGGAAAGACCAGAACAUUGAAUAUGAGUACCAAACCCCCAGGAGAAACUUCAGGAGUGUCAUAGAAGAGAAAGUCAAUGAAAUUAAAGAUGACAGUCAUUGUGGAGAAACUUUUACCCCGGUUCCAGAUGACAGGCUGAACUUCCAGGAGAAGAAAGCUUCUCCUGAAUUAAAAUCAUGUGACAGCUUUGUGUGUGGAGAAGUUGUCCUAGGUAACUCAUCUUUUAAUAUGAACAUCAGAGGUGACACUGGACACAAGGCAUAUGAAUAUCAGGAAUAUGGACCAAAGCCAUGUAAGUGUCAACAACCUAAAAAAGUCUUCAGAUAUCGCCCCUCCUUUAGAACACAAGAAAGGGAUCACACUGGAGAGAAACCCAAUGCUUGUAAAGAAUGUGGAAAAACCUUUAUUUCCCAUCCAAGCAUUCAAAGACACAUGGUAAUGCACAGUGGGGAUGGACCUUAUAAAUGUAAAUUUUGUGGGAAAGCAUUCCAUUGUCUCAGAUUAUAUCUUAUCCAUGAAAGAACUCACACUGGAGAGAAACCAUAUGAAUGUAAACAAUGUGGUAAAUCCUUUAGUUAUUCUGCUACUCUUCGAAUACAUGAAAGAACUCACACUGGAGAAAAGACUUAUGAAUAUCAGGAAUGUGGGAAAGCAUUUCAUAGUCCCAGAUCCUGUCGUAGACAUGAAAGGAGUCACACGGGAGAGAAGGCUUAUCAAUGUAAGGAAUGUGGAAAAGCAUUCACGUGUCCCCGUUAUGUUCGUAUACAUGAAAGGACCCACUCUAGGAAAAAACUUUAUGAAUGUAAGCAGUGUGGGAAAGCAUUAUCCUCUCUUACAAGUUUUCAGAUACACAUAAGAUUGCACUCUGGAGAAAGACCUUAUGAAUGUAAGAUAUGUGGAAAAGGCUUUUGUUCUGUGAAUUCAUUUCAAAGACAUGAAAAAAUUCACAGUGGAAAGAAACCCUAUAAAUGCAAGCAAUGUGGUAAAGCCUUCCCUCAUUCCAGUUCCCUUCGAUAUCAUGAAAGGACUCACACUGGAGAGAAACCCUAUGAGUGUAAGCAAUGUGGGAAAGCCUUCAGAUCUGCCUCACACCUUCGAGUGCAUAGUAGGACUCACACUGGAGAGAAACCCUAUGAAUGUAAGGAAUGUGGGAAAGCCUUCAGAUAUGUGAAUAACCUUCAAAGUCAUGAAAGGACACAAACACACAUAAGAAUACACUCUGGAGAAAGACGUUAUAAAUGUAAGAUAUGUGGGAAAGGCUUUUAUUGUCCCAAAUCAUUUCAAAGACAUGAAAAAACUCACACUGGAGAGAAACUCUAUGAAUGCAAGCAAAAUUCAGUAGGUCCUUCAGUAGUUCCAGUUCCUUUUGAUAUCAUGAAAGGACUCCCACUGGAGAGAAGCCCUAUAAAUGCAAGCAAUGUGGGAAAGCCUUCAGAGCUGCCUCAAUCCUUUGAAUGCAUGGUAGGACUCACCCUGAAGAGAAACCCUAUGGGUGUAAGCAAUGACGGAACGCCUUCAGAUCUGCCCCACACCUUCGAAUGCAUGGUAGGACACACAAUGGAGAGAAACUCUAUGAAUGUAAGGAAUGUGAGAAACCCUUCGGAUCUGCCCAGAACCUUCGAAUUCAUGAAAGGACACAAACACACAUAAGAAUGCACUCUGUAGAAAGACCUUAUAAAUGUAAGAUAUGUGGGAAAGGCUUUUAUUCUGCCAAGUCAUUUCAAAUACAUGAAAAAUCUUACACUGGAGAGAAACCCUAUGAGUGUAAGUAAUGUGGGAAAGCCUUUGUUUCUUUCACUUCUUUUCGAUGUCAUGAAAGGACUCACACUGGAGAGAACCCCUAUGAGUGUAAGCAAUGUGGGAAAGCCUUCAGAUCUACCUCACACCUUUGACAGCAUGGUAGGACUCACACUGGAGAGAAACCCUAUGAAUGUAAGCAAUGUGGGAAAGCCUUCAGAUCUGUCAAAAAUCUUCGAAUUCAUAAAGGGACACACACUGGAGAGAAACCCUAUGAAUGUAAGAAAUGUGAAAAAGUGUUCCAUAAUUUCUCUUUGCAAAUACAUGAAAGGAUGCACAGAGGAGAGAAGCCCUGUGAAUGUAAGCAUUGUGGGAAAGCAUUCAUAUCUGCCAAGAUCCUUUGAAUACAUGCAAGAACACACAAUGGAGAGAAACUCUAUGAAUGUAAAGAAUGCAGAAAAGCAUUCAGCUUGCCUACUUCCUUUCAUAGACAUGAAAAGACUCACACUGGAAGGAAACACUAUGAAUGCAAGCCAUGUGGCAAAGCUUUCACUUCUUCCAGUUCUUUUCAAUAUCAUGAAAUAACUCACACCAGGGAGAAACUCUAUCAGUGUAAGCAAUGUGGGAAAGCCUUUAUUUCUUCCACUUCCUUUCAAUAUCAUGAAAGGACUCACAUGGGAGAGAAACCCUAUGAAUGCAAGCAAUGUGGGAAAGCCUUCAGAUCAGCCUCACACCUUCAAAUGCAUGGAAGGACUCACACUGGAGAGAAACCCUAUGAAUGUAAGCAGUAUGGGAAAGCAUUCAGACCUGACAAGAUUCUUUGAAUACAGAUAAUGAAUGUAAACAAUUAACUUUAUAAUAAAUGUAUAAUAACAAAUGUUAUUCUUUUUAAAUAAGAAGCUAUAAUAAAAUAUCCCAUUGGUGUCAUGUAUUAGAUCAACCUUA